GUGUAUCUCCCUUCCACACUAGCCAACCGCAUGCUUUGAAAGCGAAAAGCUGGAAAGCUGUAGAGGCCCUCCAUAUCUCAUCAUCGCUUACUACUGAAAAAGGGUUAAUAACUCAGGGCUCUUCCCCCCUGUGGGGUGGGGAGGAAGGGGAAGUUCCUUACUCCAGCAUGUUCCUGUUGUAACAAGCAGACUCCGAGUGGUAGAGUUUGCUUUAAGUGAAAAGCUUCCUGCUGAGGACUCCUUCAACAGAAUAAUUUCUUCAGUGUGGCGGGUUGAAAAUGGAGAAGAGCUAUAAAGAACCCUCCUCGUUUGAUGAUCAUUUUUUACUGAAAAAGCGGAAGUAGCUCAGGGCUUUGUUGUGAAUGAAGUAGGAACUUUUUUUCCUCCAGCUGCAGACACAGAGCAGUAGAGUUUGCUUUAAGCUCACAGCUUCCUGUGAAAGCCUCUGAAAAUAUAAUUUCUUUGGUGCUAUUGGUUGAAAACCAACUGUAUUUGAAAAGCAGUGAAUUCCUUGUAGAAAAAGCAGCAAAGAAUCCUGUGGCACCUUAUAGACCAACAGACGUUUUUGAGCACGAGCUUUCGUGGAUGAAUACCCACUUCGUCUGAUCCUUGUAGAAAAGGUGUUUCCUGAGUUACGGAAGAUUUUUACCCUACUAGAAUCUCUCUGUUUCACAGUGUCUAGAAACCACCAAGAAAAAACUUCAUCAACCCAGAGACUCAGCAAUAGAAGAACUGUCGGAGUUCAUAGCUGGAGAAAGAAAACUAUCUCACUUUGUGUGAUCGGAAGAGAAGGGAUUUCUGAGAUGAUGGAGCCCCUGUCCAGCUCAAGGUCACAGAGGUUCCAUCACCCAGGACCACAACUGAGCUGUGACCUCAGAGAGAAGCUGCAGUAUUCACGGCAACUAGAUCUUCCUGCACCUUAUUUGUUUGUUCCUUAUGAUAAGGAGAAUGAAGGAGACCACGAUAUAGUGGCCUUGCUCUGUAGGUUUGGCUUUAUGAUGCCAGUGGCGUUUGAGGAGGUGGCCGUGUACUUCUCUGAAGACGAAUGGGCUCUUUUGGAUGAAAAGCAGAAGGAACUCUACAGAGAUGUCAUGCAGGAGAAUUACGAGACUCUCCUCUCGUUGGGAUUUCUGAUCGCUAAACCAGAUGUGCUGUCCCAAAUGGAGCGAGAGGAAGAGCCGUGGUUCCCAGAUCUCCAGCGCUCUGAGGAAAGGAAGAAUGCAAGAGCCACUAGCACUGGUGCUGGGACGGUGAGUGAGAAGGAGGGAAAAGCCCAGAAAGUAUCUACAGAAGCAGAACCACAGAGGAUGUACUCAGGGAGACACUGUUGCCUUGAGAGGGGAGAUGCCAGUGAGCAUCAGGGCAGGACAGAGAGGCUCUGGGAAGACCCUCCAAGCAGGAGUAAAUCCCCUCCUAGCAAAAGAAGUUUAGAGAAAUCCGAAGAGACCAGCACCCACCAGACAGCCUGCACGGGGGAGAGCCCAAACACAGGUACUGAACCUGGCGAAAGUUUCAAUAAAUGCUCGCUCCUCGUUCAGCAUUGUCAGCAAACUUGUGCAGGAAAGGCUGCCUACAAGUGUAAUGAAUGUGGCCAAAGCUUUUCUCAACAACAGUGCUUUCAGAUACAUCUGAGAAGUCACACAGGGGAGAGACCCUAUAAAUGUAAUGAAUGCGGGAAAAGCUUCAGACACAAGACAAGCCUUGUUCUUCAUCGUUACGUAGUCCACAAGUCAGAGGGACCCCAUAAGUGUCCAGUGUGCGGCCAGCAAUUUAUCCUGAGAAAGAGACUUAUUGAGCAUCAGAGAAUCCACAACAAAGAGAUGCACAGGGGGUUUAACAGGGGGAUUGUGAGUGAGAACAAGGAUGAGCAUCCUCAACAGAAAAAGCCAGUGGGAGCGGAGCCUCAUGAGGCAUCUCAGAGGUGCGAACGGGCAGAUGCUGCUAAGAGUAGAAGAAGGAGAGGACAGCAGCCAGCUUACCCUGCAGGGGGAAAAGACAGUGAAUCUGUUGUAUGCGAAGGAAGUUCUAAGAAAUUGAACCGCACCAUCGCCUACCAGGAAACCAAGGUGGGAGCACAACUGAACACACAAAGUAAAAGUAAGAGAAGCUUUAGCAGCAGCUCAGCCCUUGAUCUGCAUGAGAAAACCCACCGGGAUGAGAAACGUUACAGCUGUGCUGAGUGUGGGAAAAGCUACCGCCAGAACUCACACCUCCGAAGGCAUCAAAAAAGCCACACGGGAGAGAAACCUUAUGUAUGUGCUGACUGUGGGAGUAGCUUUGGACGGAAGUCGACACUCAGUAAACACCUACGGACGCAUAAAGAGGAGAAACCCUAUAGCUGCACUGACUGUGGGAGAAGCUUCAGAGAGAGCUCGUACCUUGCUCUGCAUAAGAGAAUCCACACAGGAGAGAAACCCUAUCAGUGUCCUGACUGUGGCAAAAGCUUCAGGCGGAAAGGGGACCUUUCCAGUCACUGUAAAACCCACACGGGGGAAAAACCUCAUAAAUGCACUGAAUGCGGGCAAGGCUUCAGGCGGAAAUCUACUCUGACUAAGCACCUGAGGACCGAUACUGGGGAGAGGCCCUAUAAAUGUCCUCACUGUGAAAAAAGUUUUCGUCAGAAGUUCUCCCUUUCCCAGCAUCGGUUAACGCACCGGGAAGGGUGGCCUCACACAUGUAUGGAAUGCGGGAAAGGCUUCAAUCACAAACCAAACCUUGUUCAACACUUGGCCAAACUGCACUUGAGAAAGCAACUCCAUACAACAAAUGUAGCUUCAGAUUAAACAGAUCUAUAAUUGCAGUGGUAGAAAACAGUGGAGUGGUGGGUUGUUUUUUUUUUAUUAUUAUUCUGGUGAGACAAUCUCCAUCCGUACAUAUUCUAAAGUACAAGGCUUAAGGAGGGUGGGUGAGUAGUAUCGCCCUGUUUAUGAUGAUUGGAGUGGGACAAAGCUGAUGAAGAGAGGAACUGGUCUUUCGAUGGGUUUUGGGGGUGGUUAGUGGGAAUUUCAAGGCAGUGGAGUUGAACUUUGGCAGUUGAGCAGUGGCAUGCCAUCUAUGGAUGCAAUGCAUAGAUUGCAUUCCCAUGUGAGUCCUGACUGGCUGUGCCAGUGGGACAAUUCCACCUGGCCCCUGAACACACAGGGAGGAUGCUAUUUUGUAGCACAAAAUGACAUCCUCCGCACAUUGUGAAGACACGGGUAUUUUAACAUGGCACUCUACAAAUGGAUUAAAACCUGGCGAACUGAGAUGUCUCAAUAUGUAACUAAACAGGGAAUCCUCUUGAGCAGGUAUAUUUCUAGUGUGGUCCUGCAGAGAUCCAUUCUUGAUCCUCUGCUAUGUAACAUUUUUAUCAAUGACCUGGAAAAAAACAUAAAAUGACGACUGAUAAAGUCUGCAGAUGACACUCUAAUCCAGGGGCUUGGUAAAUAAUGAAGAGACCAAGUCACUGAUUCACAGUGAACUGGAUCACUCUGCACUCCUCUAUGGAAGAGCUACCCAAAAUGUUUCCCAUUUUACUCCUACAAACCACAGUUGGGCAGAUUGCAGGGUAUGAAGUGGAAAACAGAAAAUGCUCCAAUUAACUUACAGUCGGUUAAGCCUUAGUGUGAUUUGUUAGCUUAUGAGCCAAAGUCCCCUAACAUUUUGCAUAGCUGCAAAGCCUAUAAAGGAUAUUUGUGACCGAUUGCUAUGCUUGCUGGUGAAAUAAGGACUGGAGAUGUACUGAGACUGAUCUGUUUGCAGAUGAUUUAGCCAUUAAUUCCAAGUCCUAGAUGUUUUGCUGAGUAAGGGAUAUGGAGUGGUACUAACAGAACAAGGAAGUAACUAGGUUGUAAACAACUGGGGUAUGUGUGUCAGGAUAAGCAAAGUGGAACAGGCGCAGGUGUUGACACUUAAAGAUAGGUCAGGAAAGAUUUUACAGCUUGCCUGGAGGCAAGAUUCCCAUGAUAGCUUUUGCUUAAUUGCAAAGCAUCUAGCAAGGAAUGGAGUUUUACAAUGCAGUAACCCAUAUUUUAUGUUAUACAAUAUAUUUUUGCACUGUACUAAGUGCAACAUAUUCACAAGAUAUGUAAUGCAUAAAAAUGGCCAAAAAAGGCCAUAAACAAUGAAUAACCAGUGAGUUUUGAAACAGUUGGAAAAUUACAAGAAAAAGGGAACUAAGGUAAGAGUCUAAGGGCAUGUAUACACUUACCGGGGAUUGAUGCUGCUGCAGUUGAUGCACUGGGCAUCGAUUUAGCGGGUCUCCAGUAGACCCGCUAAAUCGACCGCAGAUCGCUGUCCCGUCAAUUCUGGUACUCCACUGGAAUGAGAAGUGUAAGGUAAGUUGACGGGACAGCAUCUCUCGUCGAUGCAGUGUGGGGUAGACACCGCAGUAAGUCGACCUCAGAUACAUCAGCUCCAGCUAUGUUACAGGAGUUGUGUAAUUUAGGUUGACUUACCCCCAUAGUGUAGACAAGCCCUAAGAUAUGGAGAAGUAUACACCAAAAGGAGGAAAUUGAUAAGGGUUGGAAUGUUGAACUAAGAAGAGUUACCAGGGUAUAACUACCACAAGAAAUCAUAAGAAACUAAGACCAUUGCAGACAGGAUCCAGACUGUCUGCAGCUACAGAGAAGGCCUUCCACAGAUGUGGGUAAUUGUAAGCCUCUCUGUAUGUGCUGUCUUGACUGUUUAAUAAAUUUGUUCAAAGCUGACUUGCUAACCAAAUCUAAAUUUAAGAGAAGGCUAUUCAUUAAGCAUAUAAUCACAAUUAAAAUUCCUAUCCAUUGUUAGCUAUUCAUUUAUUAUUGACUAAUUAUUGCGUGAUUAUCAACAUAAGAAAUAUGUAAACUACGGUGACUGGAAGACUGUUCUCUACAUUGGUAACAUCUGACCUUUCUGUAUUAUGCUGUUUUAUUGCUAAUCAAUAAAGUGAUUGAGCUGAGGUAA